UGUUUGCAAUGUCUGAUUUUUUUCGUAAACUAUGAACGUCGCACAUUGUUAGUAGUCAUGGUAACAGAAACGUUGAGACGCAUGAAGCGGACCGUUUACCGAAACCUUUACACCGACACAACGGCGUUAAAACGGUGUAUGUGAGUCGACCACCGACGGUUUCGGCCAGCCGAUCAGAAAUUUAGAAAUUAGCAAAACGAUACCAAGAGCGGUACCAAGCAGAACCCGUUAGCAUGUGCGAGAGCAGAGCGGUACCAAGCGGAAAGGUGUACCGGCAGGUGUUUGACGCUCAGCUCCAGCUGUCCAGGUCUCUGCUGGCUGGAAGGAAGGCAACGAGGAUGAUCCUGUCUGCUGAGGACAGCAGGAUGAGCAGCAGCAGAGAGCAGCCGGUGGACAGUGGAGAGGAUGAGCGUGAGGUCAGCAGGCUUCCAGACGCUGCGGUUGUUGAUCGCCCAAGCUCUGACUUCAUCAAACAACUGACAGAGAAAAGAAACAAGAAACACAAAGAAACUGUAAAGCAGCUCAAUGAAGAACUGACACAACUCACUCAGGUGUGUGAACGUCAGGUCAGGACUGUUGGGCUGGAACUGUUGUCCUCUUUGCAGGACGUGGACCUGAGAUUGGACAAGUUGAAGCACAGAAUGGAACAGCUGGAGAACCAGGAUCAGCUUUGUGGAUGGUUUGGUCUGUGGCAGCAGGUGGAGCAGGAGAUGACGCUAAAGAAAAUCAGGGUCAUGGAGCUGAGUCACAAACUGAUUGAAUCUGAGCAUCAACGCGCUGACAAGAUCAGAUCUGUGCUGAGGAAGCAUCGUCACCUGCUGGAGAAGAUUAGCUUCCUGCUUUCACAGGACGUCCAAAGACUUAUCCACACCGAGGCCAUGAUGUUAAAUCAGUCUCUACUGGUGAACCGUCGCAGUACAGCUCGAUUGCUGCUGCAUCUGCAAGAGGAGAACCUCCAGCAGGAGUCUCUGCUCCACCUGCACUGGGAUGAGUGUCUGAACCGUUGGAGGAGGAGCAGAGUGGCUGAGGUCAUUGACAGCUUCAGGUGCCUCCUUAGCAGUGGAGAGGACCAGCGGCUGGUCCUGGUCCUGCAGUCAGUCAGUGAACCCUGCCAAGUCUUAGCGGAACAACGCCAAAACCUCAUCAGCAGUAUCUGCUCCCUUGUCCCACCCACCUGCUCCACUAAUUUGGUGUCUGAUUGGUUUACCCAGCUGACAGGCAUCAAUCAACAGAUCUAUAGAUUUCAGGCCAACCUCCUUCUUCAGUUGCGUUGUGGUUUCGAGCAGAAGUGGCAGAAACGACUGGCACAGGUGGAGCUUUGUAAGGAGCAGCUCUUAGCACUGCAGCUACCCAUGGAGGAGGUGAACAGUGUCAUCAGCUCCCAGCUCCUCACUCUGACUGGACAACACCAACAUCAGGAUGAAGAGGAACUGGCUGCAUUAGACGUGAGCUGUGACUCUGUGGCCAGUCAUGCCCUUGCUCUCAGCAGAAGCGUCUUUGUCAUGAUGCGAGGAGCAGCGCUGUUAUGGGAGAUGCACAGCCACAGAUUACAGAGGAGAGAAGAAGAACUACACCAACACCUGGGUGAACUUCAUCAAGCACAGCAACAAGGCCUGCAGAGGAAGAAGGUACAUCUGGAAAAGCUGCUGGUUGGGCUUCGUCAAGAGAGCAGCGAGGAAGCACUGAAGGCCUCGCUGGAGAAGACCAGCCUAUACAUGCAGGAUGUCCAGCACAGCUGCAGACAGUGUGUCUCUGAUCAGUGUGAAGUCCUGGAUCAUCUUCCUGAUGCCUUUGAGGAGGAGCUACGCUCCUAUAGCAGGAGCCUUAGCAGAUUCUACCACCUUGACCAUGCCUACUUACUGGAUGAUGAGCUUCUUAGAUCUUCAGUUCAACACCCACAGGCUGUUUGUGCAGAGCCCACACAACCUGCUUGGGACUGGCUGACUGAGGCGGAGUCCUCUCUGACACACCUGUCUGACCUCAGCAUGUGCGUCACAUUUCAAUCAUCCAGGGGUGUAACAUACACUGGCCCUGCAUUCCAUUGCCCUGCUUCACUUGGGCAGCAUGGCAGAAACCUGAGCAUGUUUCCUGUGGAGCUGCUCACACACACGCUGAACAGGACUCGAACUCUGUUCUUGGACCACCUAGAGCAGCAUUUCCAUGACAUCCUUAGUUCUGCUGUAGCCACGGUAAAUGAGAGGAAGGAGGCAUUGUCUUCACAGCAGGAGCUUUAUCUGCAGCAGCUGGACCCCCAACACAUCCAGACCCACAUAUAUGAGCCCCGCCUGGCUGAGCUGCAGCUCCACAGGCAAUGGGUGGAUAUUCACUGUAAGGAGCAGUUGGACCUGUUGACCUCCUGCAGAAUGGAGCUGCAAGAGCUUCAGACCUCUAUCAGCAGGAGGAACCAGGAGUUCACAGUCACCCUUUCUCACAUAGAGAAUGACAUCAAGAUGGCCACAAGCACCCAAUGUCUGGACACAGCGAUCUCCACCCUGCAGGACUGUCUGGAUCAACACAUCAAACAUACUCAGUGCUGUCAGACCACCUUCAGAAGGACUCUUCAAAGCAGACUGGGCCACAUCAGAAAUGGAACAGCACAGCUCCUCAGCUCUUUCAGGUUGUUUAGUGAAGGAGGCGAUUUUGCUUCUCAGGAAGUAAAGUUGUGUCAGAGGACACUGCAGGACAUAACCAAUGAGAUCAGCGUCGCAGAGGAGUCAAUUUACUCAAAGCUGGAAGCUUUCGAGUCCGAGAUUUUACAGCAGGUGAAGGAGGCAUCAGAUCGUUUGGAGGAGAAACUUUCCUUCAUCCAAUCUGAGGUGAAGUUCACAUGGACAGUCCAGAAGAUUAUGAGUAACAUACAAGUAAACAUCAAAACUGAGGCGGCCAGCUGUACCCAGCAGCAGUUGUUGAUUCGCAGCCAUUUGGAUGAGCUGAUGAAAAUGUUGGCCAAGCCGCAGGCAUGUCAAGAUGAGGUCCUGUGUUGUCUGUUGUCUCUCUGUGAUGGGCUCCGAUUGCUGUGCGGACACCUGGGCCUCAUGGAGCCUGACGUUCAUGGAGGCUUCGCUCUGACAGCUCCUUUACUGCAGCCAAGGACGAGGGCUGCAGAUCUCUCUGAGGAUCCUGUUGUGUGCAUCAUCCAGUCCCUGAACAAGGUGUGUGCAGUUCAGCCCAGUCCAGCAGCUGCAGCAGAGCCAGAGGCUGGUCCAGUCCAGCAUUUUCAUCACAAACCUACAGAUGCUGUCAGUGCACUGAGGGCGAGCUGCAGGUCCAUCAGGACUGACCGAAGGUUCCACAUCUUUGGGCCCACAGUAGAACAGGACACGCAUUCGUACCGUUCUGCGGUGAACUCGGCAUUGUGGAAGGCUAAUGAUGUCCUGCUGAAGGUCGCCGAGGAGUUUUACUGCAGUGAGCGGCUGAACAGGUUCCAACUUGUUCCAGACACAUUGGACCAGUGGACCACUGACAGCAUGCAGCAAAGGUUGCUGGCAUACCAGGGACAAGCCCUGGGGUUCCUAAGCAGGAGCAGAUAUGAGAUGGUGGCUCAGCUGUCUGCAUUGGAUGAACUGCUGCAUUCAUUACCCUCGGUUUUGAUCAGUAACCUGGAGCAACAACAGAAACUGGUGCUCACAGAGGAGGUGGCUGCAAGUAGAUGGAUUCUGGAGGAGAUGCUGGGAGCCAGUGAGCAGGAGAAGCUUUCUGUGUCUCAGGAGGCGACUGUCCGUCAGCUGCGAGCAUCUCUCCCAGAGGAUGAGCUGCAGGCUCUGAACAGGAGAGAGGAGCUACGGCAACAGCAGCUCCACAGCGCUAUUUGCCGCUCACACCUGGAAAUUCAGGAGCGUGUCAGAGUCAGGGGGGAGGAGUUUGUGCUGUCACUGGCAUCGCUGACAGAGAAACUGCUUUAUCACCUGGACAACCCAAUCAGACCUGCAGGUGAUGGACAGCAGUCUGAAGACACUGUGGUUUCCAUAGAAACAACAACUGAACCAGGACAGAAGCAGUGCAAAGUAAACAGAACCAGGUCUGGAAUCACGCUCCUGCUUCCCCCCACGAUUAGCACCACUGAUCCAUCACCAUCAGUUACCACAUUAUCAACAGCAGCCAACAUCACAGCCAGAUGCACAAUGGGACAUCCGGCUGUGACUGAGCAAAGAGACGCAGCUGUGAAGCGGCUUGAGCAGCUGAUCGGCUCAGUGGUGUCGCGCUCAGAAGACGACAAACGCAGACGUCUGAGCGAACUGCAGAGCUGGAAGACGCAUUGGAGACGACAGAUGGAGACAGCAGCUAGUUGCUGGCCUGAUGAAACUGGAGUGUAGUUUGGCAUCAUUGUUUGAUCUCAGCUUAAACUAUUUCAUCAAUAAGAAACGGGAUUUUUGUGUGCAUGCAGCCAUCAAGGUCUCCAUGUGCUCAUUUAUUAUUAUGUGAAUUAAAGCUGUCAUAUUGAA